AUGGCCAGAGGUGGCCUCGUAAGCGAAAAGCCAUUGCUCGUUCAGUCCAACGAAUUGUCUCACUCUAUCGCUUGUUCGUUAUUGGAAGCAACCGGAAGCGACGGCUCGAGCGUCCAGUCUAUGAACCUCGAGGACCUGGCCAAGUGGGGCACCGCAGACACCCUGAACACCCUGACUGGAGGGUCUGGUCGAAUGAGGCUAGCGGGCGUUUCUAUUUAUUGA